AGGAAGGGCUGAGGUGGGAGCUGAUGAGGGAGCCGCUGUGAGGGAAGCGAUGAGGGAGGCGCUGCGCGGACGCUCGGGCAACCAGCCGGCCCCAGGCAGCCCCCUCCGCCCCGCCGCCCUCUCCAUGGCGCCGCCCGGGCCCCCCUGGUCCCACACCCGCGCCGCGCUGGGGCGGCUGGAGAGCGCACUGAGCUGCUCCCGCUGCGCCGGUGUCCUGCGGGAGCCCGUGUCCCUGGGGCAGUGCGAGCACGUCUUCUGCCUGUCCUGCGUGGGUGACUGUGUUGGCACUGAGUGCCCUGUGUGCCACAUGCCAGCCUGGGUGCAGGACGCACAGAUCAACCGGCAGCUGGAUAACAUGAUCCAGCUCUGCAGCAAGCUGCGGCAGCUCCUGAGCACCAGCGCCUCAGAUUCAGCAGAGGAUACAUCCACACCAAUUGACUCAGAGUUGGAAAAAAAGAGCAAGAAGGAACAGAUAAAAAUGUGGUUCAGCCCAAGAAGCAGGAAGAUUCGAUGUGUCGUGAACAGGAGUCAGGCUGGGACUAAAAGCAAUGACGUUGGUCAAGACACAUCUUCAGUUUAUGAUUUCUUUCCUUCCCCUCUUCACGAAAAGCCCUCCAAGCCAACAAAAAGACCAACUCAAAGACAGAUUAAGAAGAUGAAGAAGAAACAUCUAGCAGACAUUAACAAAGAGUGGAGCUUAGAGAAACCUGAGCAGAAAAGAGCCAAGGAGAAGACUCUCAAGGAAAAGUGUGUGACCAUCUGCAGUCAACCAGUAGUGCUGUGCACGCAGGAACCAGAGAGUCCUGAAGAAAGACCUCAGCAGGAGUCUGUAAAGGAAGCUGACUCCAGCAAUAAUACAGAAGAUGUGGAAGUUCUACCACAGGUGGAAUCCCCAGAGAAGAAAGAUAACAGUGAGGUUGUGUGCGCUGCACGAGAUAGCAAGGGAAAAAAUAGUGCUGCAGAGGCAUUGUUGUCAAUAGCAAAUGAAGUUACGCCUUUGAAACGUGGAAGGGAGCAAUCCAGACUUCAGGGUACUCCUCAGUCUAAAAGAGCAAGGAGAAGUGAGAAGGGCAUUCCUGGGAAGUCAGGCAGGCCGGCUGAUGGCUUAGAGGAGUCACUGCAGGGCUCCCCCAUCUCCCCAGCCACUAACCAGACACCAGUCCAGAUUUCUUCCUCUGCAUCCAAACUCACUGACACUGGAAUGAAGACAAGAAGAUCUGCAGCCCUUCAAGCGAUUAACAGUCCUUCACUUUCAGAAUCUCCCUCUACCCCAUCCACUUCUAAGACUUGCAGUCAACACUACUCAGCAACACCACUCAGUCCUUCUGUGUUGAAAUCCCCUGGUGUCAACACAAUUGCCAGAAGAAAUUACAAGGGAGAGACUUUGCUUCAUGUUGCUUCCAUCAAGGGUGACUUAGCAGCUGUGGAGCAGCUGCUGAAAAAUGGGGCAGAUCCCAAUGUCAAAGAUAAUGCUGGCUGGACACCACUGCACGAGGCGUGUAACCACGGGCACAGGGCGGUGGUGGAGCUGCUGCUGCAGCACCGGGCGCUGGUGAACACCACGGGCUACCAGAACGACUCGCCGCUGCACGACGCCGCCAGGAACGGGCACGUGGCCAUCGUGGAGCUGCUGCUCCUGCACGGCGCCUCCCGCGAUGCCGUUAAUAUAUUUGGUCUGCGGCCUGUGGACUAUGCAGAAAGCAAAAAGAUGAAAUCUGUGCUAAUGUUACCAGUGAAGAAUGAAUCAUUUUCACUUAACCAGCCCUCUGAGGCACUGAGCUCCAGCCAGCCAAGAAAUGGACCCCUUGGUAUACUGGGGAGCAGUCUUAGUGUGGAGCAGCAGAAAUUGCUGAACAAAUUAGCAACAGUCCUGAAGGCCCAGAGGUGCACUGAAUUUAACAGCAGAGUAACUCAUCUUGUUAUCCCUGAUGUUCCAAUGCCAACUACUGUCAAAUGCAUGAUGGCUGUUCUGACUGGAUGCUGGGUCCUCAAGUUUGAAUGGGUGCAAGCCUGUCUGCAGAGCUCAGCUCGAGAACAAGAAGAGAAGUACGAAGUCCAAGGUGGCCCACGGCGAGGGCGGCUCAACCGGGAGCAGCUGCUGCCUAAGUUGUUUGAUGGAUGCUACUUCUAUUUUUUGGGUCCUUUCAAACAGCACCAGAAGAGUGACCUGCUGGAGUUGGUGAAAGCAGCAGGCGGCCAGGUCCUGGUUAGGCAGCCCAAACCAGACAGUGAUGUGACACAGACCAUCAACACGGUGUCCUACCACGCAGAGCCCACCUCUGACCAGAGGCUCUGCACUCAGUACGUCAUCUAUGACGUGGCUUCCAAGUUCCAGCCGGAGAAAAUCCGGCAGAGCAAGGUGUGGAUGGCCCCCUCCAGCUGGCUCAUAGACUGUGUGAUGUCAUUUCAGCUCCUGCCUGUGAAGUGAAUAUCAAAUAGAAGCAUCCUGAGAGCAAGGCUUUAAAAUGGGCUGAAUCUUGGGCAGCUGGGAUGCUCUGACAAGCUGCUCUGAAGCUGUGAUUUCUGUUUUGGAUUCAGGAGAGCUUUGAGCAUUUAAGUGAGUUACUAAGGUGACUGAUGGAAUAAAUGAACAUACAAUGGAGGAAAGGAUUGAAAAAUGUGCCUUAGCUUAUUUAAUAUGCUUUAUUUUUGCAUUGGACUUAAUAAAUGCUUAAUAAAUAAUCACUGACAUUUUGUAACUGGGACUUUGCAAAAUGAAACCUUUUGCUUUCUUGAUUUGAACCAGCCCUUUGUAGGCAAUUGAGCAUGACCCCAUUUAUGUUGUGUUUAACAUCUGUUGAUAAGGAUCUGCUGUAAUUAUCAAGAUUUCCCAGGCCAGAAAUUGUAUUUUUUUAAAAAAAAAGAACGCAAUGCAUUUGAACCUGUGCAGACAUGUCCGGUGACAUUUAUUAUAACUUCUUACAAGUGAAUUUUGCUGGAAAUUGUUGGCAUGGGAUAAGUCUUGUGGAAAUCAGAGUUGAAUUAAUGACUUGAAUUCAUCUGGAAGCAGACACUUUUGAGAACACUGUAUUUAAAUAUCUUGGUCUAAAAUUUACUUAUUUGUAAAAAGAUUCAUGCUUUACUCACCUCUGUCCUCAUUCAUGCUUGUAAACAUUUAACUAGAAUUCAGUUCUAUUUUCUGAAGAUUUUUAAGCAUUGAGAUCCUUAUUUAAUUAUUAUAGUAAAUAUUUUUGUAUAUUUGGAUGGUUGCUCUCAUGGCUACUUUAAAGAAAAAAAAAAAAAACAGUGAUCACAAAAGAAUUGCUUCACUUUACACCAUUGUACCUAAACAGCUGGCUACCCUGGAUCAAUGUUUGAUUAUUUCAUAUUUGUUACAAUAUUUCUCAUAAUGGCUCAUAAGUUAUUGUCAGGAUCUUAUGCCCUCUUACAUGCUCUUAUGUAAUGUUUUCUAUCUUAGCUUGUGAAUUUGCAAUUGAGAAAUGGUGUCUUGGAAUAGUACACAAUAAGAAUGAUGGUUGUGGGCUAGUACACAAGUUUUGUGUGUUUGUUUUUGUAUUGUUUGUAAUAAUGAAACUUUUUUGUGUGCAGUAAGUUUGGAGAAUCUGUUGCAUGAGCUUGGCUGCAGAAUAAGUGCAUAUCCCAUACAUAUCUCAACAGGUAAAUGCAAGCACUUUUCUGUGAGCUCAGUACAGCUGUGAAGAUGGUGUGUCACACCAAGAGCUGCUUUUGCAGAGGAGGAAAGCUGUUCUCUGUAACCAUUGCUGCUGAAGGUCCUGUGCCCUGUAGAACCCUUAGAAGGAUUCUCAGCAGGUAGAACAGGUCUCUGCAGGAAUUCAGAGUGUGAUCAGCUUAUGUACAGGUAGCCUUGAAGAGCCUCACAGUAGACUUUGAUGCCAGAGCUACAGUAGGUGCCAAACACUACUGAAGCACUGCAAGUAUACAAAACUUGAAGGUAACAGAAAGGCUUUGGCUUCAAGCAAAAGUUCCUCCAGCACUUGUGGCCUCUGCACAUGGAG